AUGCGUGGCAUCCGUCUCUGGGGUGUUCUUUCUGGCGAGGUCUGCUGUCCGCCACGUCCAGUUCCUCCGGUGGCCCCUACUCCGCCGACUCCACCGAUUCUUCCUACGGAUGCUAAUCAGGCCGCCAAGGAUGCGGCUAAGCUUGCUGAUGAGGCUGCUGCUCGUGCUUAUGAUGAGAGGGUUUUGGCUUAUGAGGAGGCUCUUCAGACGUAUCAGGGUGCUCUGUUUGUUUACACCCAGUGGCUUGAUGAUGAUGCUCAUGCUGCAAUUGUUCUCACUGCUAGUGUUCUGCCUCAGUUUGCUUCUGAGUUUCUGGGUCUUCCUACUGUCUUUGAGAUGUGGACCCAUCUUCGUCAGCGCUAUCAGCCCUCUGGUGAUGCCUUAUACCUUUCUGUGGUCCGUCAGGAGUAUGCUCUUCAGCAGGGUGACUCUACUGUUGAUGACUUCUAUGCACAGAGUUCUGCUAUCUGGCGCCAACUUGAUUCUCUCCGCAGUGCUGGUUGUCGUACUUGCCCCUGUUGCCAGGCUGUCCAGGCCAAUUUGGAGUUUCGUCGCGUCUACGAGUUCCUGUCUCGGCUCCGUAAGGAGUUUGAGCCCCGGCGUGCUCAGUUGUUUGCUCGUGGCCAUAUUUCUCUCAUGGAGGCGCUUUCUGAGAUUCGUGCUGAGGAGACUCGCUUAUGUGGUGCUGGUUUGCUGGAGGUUCCCUCUGUACUCGCUACUCGGUCUUCUUCCACGCCACCUGCUGCACCGACUCCUUCUCGCUCGAGUGCUCCGCCGCUCUUGCCCACUCCUUCUGGAGGCUCAGGUCGCCCCCGUCCACAUUGUGAUUACUGCAACAAUGAUGGUCAUAUUGAGUCCCAGUGCUACACGAAGAGGAAACACCUGCGCAAGGCGCGAUCAUCCUCUUCAGGGACUUCGUCAUCUACCUCGACAGCUUCAGCCAUUGCUUUGACUGAGCAGGAUAUUCUGAGACUUAAGCGUCUGCUCGCGGCUUCAGGUUCUUCCUCGACGGGUACUGCUGGUUCUGUGGCUGAUGCUUCCUGCACUGAGCAACCGCCCUCUACACAGUCAGGUACAUCCCCACGGGUUCUGGACUCUGGAGCUUCUUUUCAUAUGUCUUCUCAUUCUUCCACUUUGUCCUCUCUUCAAUUGCUGGAUUCUCCUGUUCAUGUCUUCACUGCUGAUGGUACUCCACUUUCUGUUGCUAGUAGGGGAAAUCUUACCACUCGUUCUUAUUCUGUUCCUGAUGUUGCUCAUAGGAGAUUGCUGCUCUUGAACGCACUGGUACCUGGGAUCUUGUUUCUCUUCCUCCCGGAGUCCGUCCCAUCACUUCUUGAUGUUAAGAAUGCUUUUCUUAAUGGUGAGCUGCGUGAGGAGGUGUACAUGCAGCCACCACCUGGGUAUUCUGUUCCUGAUGGCAUGGAUUUUGGUGUUUCUGUCACUACACCGACUCUGAUCCUAUCUGACAGUACAGGUGCUAUUAGCAUUGCACGCGAUCCUGUGAAGCAUGAGCUCACCAAGCAUAUUGGUGUUGAUGCUUUCUAUGUGCGCGCUGGUGUGCAGGAUCAGGUUAUUGCUCUUCAGUAUGUGCCUUCCGAGUUACAGUUGGCGGAUUUCCUGACGAAGGCCCAGACUAGAGCACAACAUGGCUUUUAUCUCUCCAAACUCAGUGUUGUUCAUCCACCAUGA